UAUAGACGGACGGCCCCAUCGUUUAGCCACAUAAAGGCUGUACCUGGCCCUUAGGAGGCGGUAGUUGAGUUUCUGCUGGGGCCUGGUACUUGGGGGAGACAAAAAGAAACGGUUUUGCUCGCUGCAUGUCCGGAGUGUAAAACAAGGAUUUCACCAGUUAGACACAAAGUCUACAUGUCUAAUAUUUAGACAUGUUCAGCUUUGUGCACUCAAGGACUCUCUUGCUGCUUGUGGCAACGCAGGCGAUAAUAACGGUGGUCAGAAGUCAAGAUGAUUAUGAUGAAGACGUAGGAAGCUGUACACAGGAUGGACAAAAGUAUAGUGACAAGGACGUCUGGAAGCCUGAGCCGUGUCGUAUCUGCGUCUGCGACAAUGGGAACAUCCUCUGCGAUGACAUCAUCUGCGAGCCGCUGAAGAACUGCCCCAACCCAGAGAUCCCCUUCGGGGAGUGCUGCCCCGCCUGCCCGACGUCCGAGUCCAACGGCAACGGCAGACGUGUUGGAACCAGGGGACAGAAGGGGGAGCCUGGGGACGUACCACAGACCAAUGGCAUCAGGGGUCCACCCGGAGCCCAGGGUCCACCUGGCGAGCAGGGAUCCAGGGGUGAUCGUGGAGACAAGGGAGAGAAGGGCAAGGUCCCUCGUGGCAGGGAUGGCGAGCCUGGCACUCCUGGAAACCCUGGCAUGGCCGGACCCCCAGGCCCUCCUGGGCCCCCUGGCCUUGGUGGAAACUUUGCUGCCCAAAUGGCCGGAGGCUUUGAUGAGAAGUCUGGAGGUGGUGCUCAAAUGGGAGCUCUUCAAGGACCAAUGGGACCUAUGGGACCAAGGGGACCUCCAGGGCCUUCAGGCUCACCUGGCCCACAAGGAUUCCAGGGCUCCCCUGGAGAGCCCGGCGAGCCUGGACCUUCUGGAGGGCUUGGCCCACGAGGACCCCCAGGCCCAGCUGGAAAGCCCGGCGAUGAUGGCGAGGCUGGCAAGUCAGGAAAACCAGGUGAACGUGGUCCCGCAGGACCGCAGGGUGCUCGUGGUUUCCCAGGAACCCCUGGCCUUCCAGGCAUUAAGGGACACCGGGGUUACCCUGGCCUAGAUGGUUCUAAGGGUGACGCUGGGGCUGCUGGUGCCAAGGGUGAAUCUGGUGCUUCCGGUGAGAACGGAGCCCCUGGGCCCUUGGGUCCACGUGGCCUGCCUGGUGAGAGAGGUCGUCCUGGUGCCUCUGGUCCUGCUGGAGCACGUGGCUCCGAUGGCCUCCCUGGUCCUGCUGGCCCUCCCGGCCCCACUGGUCCAUCUGGCUCCCCUGGUUUUCCUGGAGCCCCAGGUGCUAAGGGUGAAGCUGGUCCUACCGGAGCACGUGGGCCAGAAGGUGCCCAGGGCUCUCGCGGAGAGCCCGGUGCUGCUGGGGCUUCUGGGCCGUCCGGCUCCCCCGGUAACCCUGGCACUGAUGGACUUCCUGGAGCCAAAGGAUCAUCUGGUUCGCCAGGUAUUGCUGGUGCCCCCGGAUUCCCAGGCCCCCGUGGAGCUCCAGGGCCCCAGGGUGCGACUGGCCCUCUUGGCCCCAAGGGACAGCAGGGUGACCCAGGUGUUCAUGGAUUCAAGGGAGAGCCUGGCCCCAAGGGCGAGCCUGGCCCUGCCGGUCUUCAAGGUCCACCCGGCCCAGCUGGAGAGGAAGGCAAGCGCGGUGCUCGUGGAGAACCCGGAGCAGCUGGCCCCGGUGGCCCACCUGGCGAGAGAGGCGGCCCUGGAAACCGUGGUUUCCCAGGACAGGAUGGCCUUCCCGGUCCCAAGGGUGCCCCUGGUGAGCGCGGUCCCCCUGGCGCAGCUGGUCCCAAGGGCUCCAACGGUGAUCCUGGUCGCCCUGGCGAAGCUGGCCUCCCUGGAGCUCGCGGUCUUACUGGCAGCCCUGGAAGCCCUGGGUCUGAAGGAAAGCCUGGUCCUCAGGGUCCCCCUGGUGAAGAUGGGCGACCUGGGCCCCCAGGUCCCCAGGGAGCUCGUGGACAACCCGGCGUCAUGGGCUUCCCUGGACCCAAGGGUGCAUCUGGAGAGCCUGGCAAGCCUGGCGAGAAGGGCAUCCCUGGAGCCGCUGGCCUGAGGGGUCUGCCUGGCAAAGAUGGAGAGACCGGCCCAUCUGGACCACCUGGCCCAGCCGGCGCUGUUGGCGAGAGAGGAGAGCAAGGUCCCCCAGGUCCCUCUGGCUUCCAGGGUCUGCCUGGGCCUCCCGGUCCCCCUGGUGAGGGUGGCAAGCCUGGUGACCAGGGUGUUCCCGGAGAGGCUGGGCAGCCUGGACAGGCCGGCCCCAGAGGAGAGCGUGGCUUCCCUGGUGAGCGUGGCGCUUCUGGGCCUCAGGGACUCCAGGGAAGCCGUGGGCUUCCUGGCACUCCUGGCUCUGAUGGCCCCAAGGGCGCCACCGGUCCUUCAGGCCCAUCUGGGGCUCAGGGACCACCUGGCCUGCAGGGCAUGCCUGGGGAGCGCGGCACAGCUGGUGCUUCUGGUCCCAAGGGAGACAGAGGUGAUGCUGGAGAGAAAGGACCGGAAGGUGCUCCUGGGAAGGAUGGUUCACGAGGCUUGACUGGUCCCAUCGGUCCUCCCGGCCCAUCAGGCAGUGCUGGUGACAAGGGUGAAGCCGGACCUCCUGGGCCUAGUGGCCCUGCUGGCACACGUGGGUCUCCUGGCGAGCGUGGAGAGACCGGUCCUCCCGGCCCUGCUGGAUUCGCUGGCCCUCCUGGUUCAGAUGGACAACCCGGUGCCAAAGGAGAGCAGGGAGAGUCGGGUCAGAAGGGAGAUGCCGGUGCCCCUGGUCCUCAGGGUCCUGCGGGCUCCCCCGGUCCCCAGGGUCCCAAUGGCGUUCCUGGUCCCAAAGGUGCACGUGGCGCACAAGGUCCAUCUGGUGCUACUGGAUUCCCUGGAGCUGCUGGCAGAGUCGGCCCACCCGGCCCCAACGGCAACCCUGGUCCCCCUGGCCCACCUGGCCCAGGAGGCAAAGACGGACCCAAGGGAAUCCGUGGAGACUCUGGCCCUGCUGGCCGCCCUGGCGAGCCUGGACUGCAGGGAGCCUCUGGGCCUCCUGGCGAGAAGGGCGAGCCCGGCGAGGAUGGGCCCUCUGGCCCUGAAGGUCCCCCAGGCCCCAUGGGUCUCGCAGGCCAGCGUGGUAUUGUUGGUUUGCCCGGCCAGCGUGGUGAGAGGGGCUUCUCCGGCCUCCCUGGCCCAUCUGGCGAGCCUGGUAAGCAAGGGUCCCCUGGGCCAUCUGGAGAACGAGGGCCCCCUGGCCCUAAUGGCCCACCUGGCCUGUCUGGCCCCCCUGGCGAGCAGGGACGUGAUGGCAAUCCUGGCUCUGAUGGUCCUCCCGGCCGUGAUGGGUCUUCUGGACAGAAGGGUGAGCGUGGAGAGAAUGGCUCGCCAGGACAGCCAGGUGCACCCGGUGCCCCAGGAGCCCCCGGACCAGUUGGGCCUACCGGCAAGAACGGCGAGAGGGGAGAGUCGGGUCCUCAAGGCCCGAUAGGUCCCCCUGGCCCAGCUGGGGCUCGUGGUCUGCCUGGCCCACAAGGUCCUCGUGGUGACAAGGGUGAGAACGGCGAGCACGGUGAGAGGGGCAUGAAGGGACACAGAGGCUUCACCGGUCUCCAGGGUCUGCCUGGUCCCCCGGGUUCAUCUGGUGACCAAGGUGCUGCUGGUUCCCUGGGCCCUGCUGGUCCUCGGGGUACUCCUGGCCCUACUGGGCCUCCAGGCAAGGAUGGCUCUAAUGGUCUCCCCGGCCCCAUCGGUCCCCCCGGCCCACGUGGUCGCACUGGUGAAACCGGCCCUGCUGGUCCAUCUGGUCCCGCUGGCCUCCCAGGUCCUCCUGGUCCACCUGGCCCUGGGAUGGAUAUGUCUGGCAUGUCCAUGAUGGGAUCCCAGGAGAAGGCCCCGGAUCCAAUGCGAUUCUACCGUGGCGAUCAGGCCUCAGCUGAUCUGAGGCAGCACGACGCUGAAGUUGAUGCCACUCUCAAGUCGCUCACCAACCAGAUUGACAGCAUCCGCAGCCCCGAGGGCUCUCGCAAGAACCCAGCACGCACUUGCCGGGACCUGAAGCUCUGCCACCCCGAGUGGAAGAGUGGUGACUACUUCAUCGAUCCCAACCAGGGCUGCACUCUGGAUGCCAUCAAGGUGUUCUGUAACAUGGAGUCGGGCGAGACCUGCGUCUAUGCCAGCCCACAGAACGUUCCACGCAAGAGCUGGUGGACCAACAAGAGCAAGGACCGCAAGCACAUCUGGUUCGGAGAGACCAUGAACAGCGGUUCACAAUUCAACUACGGCGAUGACAGCCUGCCACCAAACACAGCGGCCAUCCAGAUGACCUUCCUGCGCCUGCUGUCCACCGAGGCUUCUCAGAACAUCACGUACCACUGCAAAAACAGCAUUGCCUACAUGGACGAACAGGCCGGCAAUCUUAAGAAGGCGCUUCUGCUCCAGGGCUCCAACGACAUCGAGAUCCGCGCCGAGGGCAAUUCUCGCUUUACCUACAAUGUGCUGGAGGAUGGAUGCACGAAACACACAGGGGACUGGGGCCAAACAGUCUUGGAAUACAGAACACAGAAGACAUCCCGCCUGCCUAUCGUCGAUAUCGCUCCUCUGGAUAUCGGUGGUGUGGAUCAGGAGUUCGGCGUGGACAUCGGCCCAGUCUGCUUCUUGUAAAAUGGACCUUGACCAUCUUCCCGUCAUCUCAAGGACCCUUGCACUGACAGGCUGACCAUACCAACACUGCUCUGGUCCAUCCACACGCUUAUCUUUUGGAUCUCAUGGCCAAAAAUAAAUAAAGACAACAUCUAAAGUGAGGAAGGAAUCCGCCAUUGUUAUUUAUUUGUGUGUAGCUCUUGUAAAAUCCCAUGGCAGAGGGAGGUGCUGAAUAUGUGUCAUGCUGAGAAGUCCCUUGGAUGCAUGCCACACCCCGAUAAACUGCCAGUGCCAUUUGAGUAUGUAACAAUGGUAACAUCCAGAAUAUUUUUGUGGGAGCCUUGGAACGUGGCCUGUCAAGAUCUUGUAUUAGAUUGGUUCUAAAAAAUAUAACAUCUAUGGACCACCUGUAUUUUGAUUUUUUUAAUAUGUAAUUUUUGAUAAUACUAAAAGCAUCAACCUUGGCCUGUUUUUGUAUGUGAUAAGGAAGUUGCAACACCUAAUUGUUCCCAAUUUUAAGCUACCUCAUGUAGACAGUACACCCAUCGUAGCAUGAAGUACUGGGACAGGUCUGAUGUUUCAGCAUUCCAUCUUGAUAUUUUUUAAAGAAAAAAUAUUUCUUUUCAUAAUGGUGCUACUUUGUAUUGGGUUCUCCUAUGAUAAAAUAUUCUAUUAAGAGUUACAAUUUAAACUUGAAGAACCCACUAACCUUUAUCUAUGGUGCUCAUUCAUCUGUUCCUUGGUCCCUGUCUGACAUGUAGCGUUCCAAACACGUCAGAAGUUGGGAAUGUUGUGUGACAAAUGGCAGUAUUAAUGGAGCGUCCGUCCAUUCACGUAAAAAGCAGUGAUGGCUUUGUGCUCAACAUGGAUCUGUGGUAACUUUCAGUGAACCAACAGUUUCACUGCACAUUAAUGUGUUCCAAAAAAUAGGCAUGUGGAUAACAGUGUUUUGCAUCAGUUUUAUUUUUAUUUUAUUUUUUAAAUUUUUUCACUGAUUUUUCUAAAGGUCCUUGGUCUAUGCAGUAUCCUUCUUUGUAAUUAGAGGGGAAUGGCAAAGAGGUGGAUGUUUUUGGGGGCAACCACAAGGAUAUGUACUAUUUUGUAUAUGUAUAAUAGUUCAGAUGUCUUGAAUUGCAUUUUUUCAGUACUGACCCUUAAAAGCAUGGUAGGUGUAGCAGCCUUGUCCUCCACUCCAUUGAACUAACAUCUAGUGUUCUUUCGCCUGUGAUGUUGUAUCUUCCCCCACCAGCUCCCCCUCUUCCAUGGCAAUAAAGGUAGAAAGCUUUUCUAUAAAAAAGAAAACUCCCAUGCGUUUGUUUUUAAUUUGUAUUUUUUUUAAUACGAUGUACCAUUGUUGAAUGUUUAACAUUUUUUUGGGAUAAAUAAUGACAAAAAAGGAAAAGUAUGGAAAUAAACAUUUACUAAAAAUC